AUGGAAGAAUUUCGGAAGACGUUCAAAGAAAAGAACCCUAAUAACAAGUCGGUCGCAGUGGUUACUAGAGAAGACAAGUGGAAAUCUUUGACGGAAGAAGAGAAAGCUCCAUACAUAGCCAAGGCAGCAAAGCUCAAAGCUGAUUACACCAAAACCAUGGCUGCAUACAACAAAGGCCAAUCUGGUGGAGGAGGAGGAAGUCGUGCUGUUGCCGCAGAUGAAGAAGAAGAAGAAGAAGAAGAAGAAGAAGGUGAGGAAUCUGACUAG